CUUCGUCCCUCUCCGCUCUCAUCGAUCCGGCCAAAAGCGAAGCAAGGCAGAGCAUAUUGCUCCAUCGGUCUCGCCGUCUCGCCAAAAGAGCAGUGGAACUGGGGAUCGAGAGCAAACGGCGCAGGGGCUCCCCUUUCCUAGCUCAAAAGAACAGAUCACUCUCUCGCACAUGCACGCACGCGUAGGUAGCCACACUUGGAAUUGGAUUGCUGCCACUCACAACACAACUCCCUCCCAUAGCCUGGCAUCCUAGCUAUAGCCAUAGCCUCCUCCUCCUGACUGCUACAUUUCCCGGUUCUCGGUUCUCACCGCGCUGCCAUUAAAAUCCCCCUUCCUUGCUACCACGGCAACCUUGAGCAAGCGCACACUUCAUGUUGCCGCCUCGCCGCCGUAGCAGCUUACAUGGAUACGCUGUUUAGGUCGGUUAGCCUUCAAGCCUCCGAGCAGCAGCAGCAGCAGCAGUCGGCGUCCUACAACUCGAGAAGCACCACGUCGAGCGGCUCCAGGUCGUCGUCGCACCAGACCGACGCAUCCUACAACUACUACUACCACAGCAACAGCGGCGUCGGCGGCGUCGGGCAGUACUACUACGGUCAGCAGAACCAGCAGUACUACCAGGAGCCAUACCAGCAAGAAGAAUGCGGCAACGCCCACCGCCUUUACAUGGAUGAAGACUUCUCCUCCUCGUCUUCGUCGAGGCAGCACUUCCACUCGCACGGCGCGGCGGUGCAGCCGGCGACGUCGUCCGCGGUCACAGCAACGGCGCCGACGCCCCCGCUGUCCACGUCGUCCACGGCCGCAGGAGCGGCACACGCACUGUUCGAGGCGGCCGACCUGUCGUUCCCCCCUGACCUCAACCUCGACUUCUCGUCCCCGGCGUCUUCGUCCGGCGGGUGCGUGGCCUCCUCGGCGGCGGUCGGGGGAAGAUGGGCGAGCCAGCUGCUGCUGGAGUGCGCGCGCGCGGUGGCGGCCCGCGACAGCCAGCGCGUGCAGCAGCUGAUGUGGAUGCUCAACGAGCUGGCCUCGCCGUAUGGGGACGUCGAGCAGAAGCUGGCGUCCUACUUCCUCCAGGGGCUCUUCGCGCGCCUCACGGCGUCCGGCCCGCAGACCCUGCGCACGCUCGCGGCGGCGUCCGACCGGAACACGUCCUUCGACUCCACGCGGCGCACGGCGCUGCGGUUCCAGGAGCUCAGCCCGUGGUCGUCGUUCGGGCACGUGGCCGCCAACGGCGCCAUCCUGGAGUCGUUCCUGGAGGCCGCCGCGGCGUCGUCGGAGCCGCAGAGGUUCCACAUCCUCGACCUGAGCAACACGUUCUGCACGCAGUGGCCCACGCUGCUCGAGGCGCUGGCCACGCGGUCCACCGACGACACGCCGCACUUAUCGAUCACCACGGUGGUCUCGGCCGCGCCGUCCGCGCCGACGGUCGCCGUGCAGCGCCGCCAGCGCGUGAUGCGGGAGAUCGGACAGCGGAUAGAAAAGUUCGCGCGGCUGAUGGGUGUGCCCUUCAGCUUCCGCGCCGUGCACCACGCCGGAGACCUCGCGGAGCUCGACCUCGACGCGCUUGACCUGCGCGAUGGCGGCGCCACCACCGCGCUCGCCAUCAACUGCCUCAACUCGCUUCGCGGUGUGGUGCCGGGCGGUGUCCGAAGAAGGGACGCGUUCGGCGCGUCGCUCCGGCGUCUCGAUCCAAGGGUAGUUACUGUCGUCGAGGAGGAGGCUGAUCUCGUGGCUUUUGACCCUGACGCAUCCGAGGAAAGCGGCGACACGGAGGCAGCGUUCUUGAAGGUGUUCGGCGAGGGCUUGCGGUUCUUCUCGGCUUACAUGGACUCGUUGGAAGAGAGCUUUCCCAAGACUAGCAACGAGAGGCUGGCACUGGAGAGGGGAGCCGGACGUGCCAUUGUGGACUUGGUCUCGUGCCCGCCGUCGAAGUCCAUGGAACGGCGGGAGACGGCGGUUUCAUGGGCACGCCGCAUGCGGUCUGCCGGCUUCUCUCCGGUGGCGUUCAGCGAGGACGUUGCCGACGAUGUGCGGUCGUUGCUCCGUCGGUAUCGGGAAGGCUGGUCGAUGCGGGACACCGGUUUAGACGACUCGGCAGCCGGAGCAGGCAUCUUCCUGGCGUGGAAGGAACAGCCUCUCGUGUGGGCAAGCGCGUGGAGGCCAUGAUAGAGAUCCAUGAGCUCGUCGACGCGCAAAUGCAAGCUCGGUGAGUGCACUACAUGGACCGCAGGCCCGCAGCCCAUAGGAGAAGCCGGCGUGGAUGCGUCGAUCCGUGCAUUGGAUCGCGCGCACGUGCAUGUAUGUAUGGCGAGUUCUCUCCUCCUCUGCUCGUCUUGAAAGCUGAAUGGCUCACGCGUGUAGGGUUUUGGAGCAGCGUAACCGGCCAGGGUAGAGAUUGGUAGCUCACGCAGGGGCCGGCAGACCGAGUACCCAGCCACCUCAGGCCUAGUUUGGAUACUCGUAUUGAGGUGGGUUAGAUGUAACUUAAACUAAUUUAUAACACAAUCCACCUCAACACAUAUGGAUUAAAGUCAA